AUGACUGACGAUCAAGCAGUAUUUAUCGUAUUAUUUAAAGAUAUCGAUACGCCCUCCACUAGCCGUGGUGUUCAUCCACGAAAUGCGACUGUACUGUGCGUCGCUGAAGUACGCGGAAUGUGGAGCCUUCUAAAGGUAUCAAAGACUUUUGAUACGCGUGAAAAAUGUACCGCUUACGCAGAGGCACAGGGUCUAAUUUUGACCAGAAGAUUAUGCCGUACGCAUAAAAUCCCAGUGACGGUUUCACCAUUGGGUAACAACACGGUCGGCAGCUUUCGAUGCCGCAAAGGGAGCUGCCGUUCAAGAUCGGGCGUUUCUAGGGCCACUGGUACGUGGUUUGAAAAUGCCAAGCUUCCACUACCAGACAUUUUUUACGUAAUGUACGCCUACGCUUCGCACUGGAACCAGGCUGAAGUCCGAAAAGAAAGUAUUACCGAGGGAACCGUUUUGUCUAGCGCCACCAUCUGCGAUUGGUACAACUACUGUCGUGAGGCAGUUGUUUUGUAUCAAGUCGAUCAGCAGGAGGUGUUAGGCAAAAUUGGGGGCCCCGGUAAAAUUGUUCAGAUCGACGAGAGCAAGUUCGGGAAGCGAAAAUACCACAAAGGCAGGAGAGUGGAAGGCCAUUGGGUCUUAGGGAUGGUUGAGGACGGCAGCGACGAUCCGAGGUUGGAAGUCUGCCCAGAAAAUGUCCGGUCUGCUGAGGUGUUCAUACCCCUCAUUCAAAAACAUGUGGCCGAGGGUACAAUUAUUUGUACCGAUUUUUGGAAGGCGUACGAUUGCCUAGCGUACCACGGGUAUGAGCACAGAAAAGUAAACCACAGCGAUCCGGAUAACCCCUUUGUGGCAGACGACGGCACGCAUACUCAAAGGAUCGAAUCACAAUGGCGUGUGAUUAAAAGAUUUUUUAACAGAGACAACUAUAAUAAUCCUCCUAAUUUUGCGGAUAAAAUUAUAGAAUAUCUGUGGCGCAAAACAAUUGCUCGUAAGCAUGAGGACCCUUUCCUUAAACUUAUUGACGCAAUAAAAUAUACAUAUAAGCCUUAAAAAUGUGUUUCAGUAUUUUAUGGGGGAAUAUGACCCCAAUCCCCCUACUAUUUAUUUUUAUCUGAACAAAAGAACCUUAUCGUAUUUUCCUUUUAAUCGUAUUUUCUUUUGGUCUUGC